AUGAAGCAGCAGACUCUGCUGAAGUUGGUGUCCCCGCUCCAGUCCCGAAUUUGCAAUUUCAUAAUGAAUCGCUACACUGUUAGAGAAAUAUGGAUUGGAUUGAGAAAAGAGAAUGAAAAUGGAAUUGAUCGAUGGAACAACUUUUCAGAACAACAUGGUUUCUGGAAAACAGUUGCUAAGCAUGGUAAAUGUGGACCAGUGUAUGUUAACAAAAAUGAAAUUUGGGCAUCAGAAAGAAAGUCAGGAGAUGAAAAAAAGAAAAGUGUAAAGGGAGAUCAUGUUGAUGCCGUAUAUUCAGAUGUCAAUACUUCUGAAAAGACCAAAGAAGAAAAGAGUACUAAAAAAAAAUUAUUUGGAAAAUCAGGAGAUGAAAAAAAGAAAAGUGUAAAGGGAGAUCAUGUUAAUGCUGUAUAUUCAGAUGUCAAUACUUCUGAAAAGACCAAAGAAGAAAAGAGUACUAAAAAAAAAUUAUUUGGAAAAUCAGGAGAUGAAAAAAAGAAAAGUGUAAAGGGAGGAAAAAAUGAAGGUGAUGUUUUAUAUUCAGAUUUGCUGAAUCAUAAGUCAAAGAAAAUAAAUCAGAGUGUACAAGAAAGCCCGGAUACAUCCAAAAAUAUUGAGACUAAAGACAAGCUUGCUAAAGAAAAGAGCAAAAAGAAAAAUGCACAAUCCAAAGAUGUCACAGGGCCAAAAGAGACUAAAGCAAACAAAAGCACAAAUAGAGCUGAAGACAAAGACAAAACCAAAAGUGAAAAGCAGCAUGUUUCUGGGAGACACCAGGCUGGUUUUCCAAGGAGAUGUUCGAGGAAAUGUUUAAUAAUAAUUUGUACUACUUUGCUGAUCUCUGUUACACUGCUGACAGUUAUCAUUUUUAUCAGUCAACAAAAGAGGAAUAAAACUUCCCCUGGUCAUGAUGGAGAGGAAAUAUAUUGUGAGUAUUUAUUUAUUCAUGAUGUAUAGAUCUGUUUUACUGUUAAUUUUUUGAUUCAGAUUUUUAGCCGCACUCACAUAUAAUGCAUAUCAUACCUAUUGCGACAGCCCAUUUUUUGUCUGUCUGUUGUUCCAAAAUGAAACAACUUGCCCCCAAGUGUACCAUUUUUAUUGAAAUAUGGCAAACUUAUUCUUGAAAGAAAAUUAUCAACAUAAUUCAAUUUUCAUUGAGAUACAGUAUCUUGAACAAAUCACAUUGUACAAAGUUUUGAAAUUUCAAAAUCUUCCAUUGAAAACCACAGGAAAAUGUGCAAACUCAUCUAUCUUAAACCAGAGAAUCAUUUUAUAUGACUAGAUAAACUACAAAUUACUUCACUGUUUCAAUUUUGCCUUGACAACUGUUCAUCUUUUUCACCUCCAAUAGCUUCUACCGAUGGCGAACAGAUCUACAAUACAAGUUAAUAAAAUACCAGCAAAAUGUGUGCCAUGAUCCCCCUCUUAUGAUGAUGACAUAAAGAGGGCAUUAUGAGGACUGGCUUUAUGAGUGGGUAUAAUAUAUACUACACAAAUGUCAUGGUCUGGAAUUUUGAAAAUCUGCUCACCCUAUAAUUUACCAUCAGAAUGCCACAUUCACCUGAUACCCAUAAUGGUCCAUACAUCCAUUAUACAACCCGCUAUAUGCUAACUACAGGGGCACAGGGGUCUGCUGGAGCCAAUCCCAGGAAACACAGUGCACAAGGCAGGAAACAAACCCUUGGCAGGGCACCAGCCCACCACAGACCCAUAAUGGUCACUCGCUGAAAUAAAUUUUGCCUUUCACUUUUGUUAUUCCGUAACAUUUGUCAAAGCUGAAUAACUUUGCAUGUCCCCUUUCAUGACAACUACUACAGUCAGACAUGCUUGGGAAUUUUUAUUUAUUUAGGUUAUAUCAAUUAGCACUUUCAAAUUCUCACUGUAUAUGGUUUGGGUUUUUUUGUGUGUGUGUAUGUUUAUGUUUGUGUUUGAGUAAGAGUGGUCCCUAUGAUAGACUAUAGUGCUGCCCAGGCCUAUUUUCAGCCUUUUGCCCAGUUCUGGUGGGAUUACCUCUGGUCCCUACAACCCUGAAGUGGAUUAAGAAGGUACCUACUGACCUUAGUCUGGGCUACAUUGCAUGCACAGUCCUCGAAUGUACCUGAAUUUAUACCAUGUGUACAUUUUCUAACUAGUUUUUCUUGUUAAAAAUGGGGGUGACAUAAUAGUAAAUGCUGAUGCCAUGAUGCAGAGUGC